AUGGCAAACCAGAGGCGGCGGCAGUCCUUCCAGCCCUGGGUAUUGAAGCCAGUGCCCCCGGGCAUGAACUGCAAGCCCUGGUACAGCGACAGACUGCCUUCCAAGUGUUUCCCGAAGCACAAGAAGAAGAGUAUGAAGUUCCCCACCUCCCUGGACGGCCGGAGGUGGGUAUUUGUGAAGGAAGGGCUGGAUGACUUCAGGAGAGGCUGUCCCCCGUGUGACGGUAUGAUCACUCGUGGCACCAAGGAGGCCUUUCUCCCCACCAUUUCUCACCCAGCCCCCCGAGCGAGUCACAGAAAGCCGCUCAAGGAUGCAAGCCUGUUUUCCACGCUCUCCAAGGCCCAGCAAGAACGCAGGGCAUUCGUGAAGGACAUCGAAGCCAGCCUGACCAAGCAUCCCUUGGCUCUUUACCCAUCUCUGGAAGAAAAUAUAUCUUCAGACCUCUUACUGAAGGUGUUGGAAUUGCUGGACCCUGACAAGAAGAUGGAGGACACAUGGGCUUAUUGCCAGGGCCUUGAGAAAGAACGCAAGGAUCCUACCAAGAUUUGCAAACAGCCUCGUACAAAAAUCUACAUGGAAUCUCCCAGGAUUCCCGAGUCUCUUAGAGACCAGCUGUCUCACAAACCCAGGCGCCUGAGAAAGGAUUUGCUUGACGUUCUGAAACGAAGAUUCAUACCCAAAGGAGUGCACGACUUCUGUGAAUGGGUUAACACUUUUGGAGACUUGGGCAUUGAUGAAAACUUCAUUAUGCAACAAUUUGACAUUGGCUGUGAGUGCAAACCGACCUAUAAGGACUCCUGCAUCAAGAAGGUGAAUAUGGUUCCUCUAGAGCUCAGGUACUGCAGGAAGCUCAGUAAAGUGAAGGCCCUAAGAUUCUCCAUUCAGGAAACAAACUUCGAGAGAAAACUGCGGCAACCACAGGAUCCCUAUAAAUCCAAGUGGGUGAAGAUUAGGUAUGGAGCCUGGUACUUGAAGCCUUACCUGUGGAAAAAGCUAAGAGAAAACGAGCCCUUGAUUGACCCCAGGAUCUUCCUUGAAGAGGUUCAUCCACCAGACAUUAUUGAAGAACUUUAUGGAACAAUUGCCUUUAAGGAUUUCAUCAUAAGCAAAGGCUACAAUAUGCCAAGCAUCCUUGAGAAGCUGUUCAUCAGGAAGGGAUGGGAUUAUGAUUCUGUUAAUACUCCUAUACCGAGAGUAGUAAAAGCUCAUGCAAUCAUAGAUGAUGACGAUGACUAUGAUGACGACGACGACCACGAUGAUGAUGAUGAAAAUGACAACUAG